AUGGCUGCUGCGCGCGCGGCUAGAGGUGCUCUGGAUCCCGCGUCGGCGGCCCUCCUCGUCGAGGCGGCCGUGCGCGGGGCGAAAGGGCUGCCGAGGCGCACGGUCGCGGCGGUGGCGAGGUCGGCAGUGUCGGCGGCGGCGUUCGCCGUCACGGCACCGCCCCCGCCCGCCGCGGCGGCUGGCGCCGAGGAGCAACAAGGUGAACGUCCUGGCGGUGGCGCGGACCCUGCGGCGCGGGUGGAGCGGCGGCGCCGCCGCCGCCAGCGUCGUGCGGCGCGGCGUGCAGCCGCCAAGAUGGACACCGACACGGAGGAGGCGGAGGCCGCUGGGGCGGCUGCUGGUGCUGCGCCUGCGGGCCCUGGGCUCGCGCUGGUGGCUGUGGCGGCCGCCGAGGCCGCCGACGCCUCCGACGACCCGAUCGACGACGACAGCUGGGCCCUCCACGCGCAGCUCGUCGAGGCGGGCGUG